UGUGCCUUAUGGAGUUAGUUGCAAAAAGGUUUGUAAUUUGAGGGGUUAAAAUGUAAUUUUUUCAAAAGAAAAAGAAUAGGAGAAUCUGAGAAACGAAGCGACGUGGAAGAGAAUUUGAAGCCCUUCUACCAAAGAGCUUCCCAGACCGAGGAACGCUUAACAAGACUUGAAGCUGUCCUUGCAAGUAAGAAGAAAGACAAGGACACAGCAAAGAAGGCAGCUAUGAAGGAGUUUGACAUCAUUGGAAACACUCUUUAUCUUGCUCUCUUCAUGGACGUCACCAACUCCAAGGAACUGCUUGAAUCUAUGCAAGCUGGAACACUGGAACCAGAAGUUGCAUUUCUCAAUGCAUCACUUAUUCCAGAUGUUUUUCCUGUUCUAGCAGCUGCACAUAAGACACUUGUAGCCAAGUCACGGGAGUCAUUGACAACACACACUCUUCAUUCUGAGCUCGUAUACAAUUACUCAGGAUUGAAGCAUAUUACAGAAUCUUUGAAAAGGUGUGGCAUCUCUGAUAGCACAACUCACAUCCUUGCCGCUCGUUUCAAUGCUACGCUCGAUGAGAUGAAAGACAUAGAGAAACUUAUCAGUGGAAAAGAGAUUGCCUUGGAGGAGUUGGAGGGAAGAGCAAACCAGACCCAGAUACAAAAGCACUAUAAGAUAUCUGCCCAGGAACUAGGGAUAUCCUCACUUGCAGAUGCUAUUACAUGCCGGAUCGCUGCUCGGGACGCCUUGUGAGAAGAAAGAAGUACAAUUCUUAUUUUAGUUUCUUAUUGUUUUCUCUAAUACCCCCACCUUCUCUGGCUCCGUUGUGUUCUCUCAUUGAGUUAAGGUUUGUAUUUGUGAUUUAAACAAUGAAUUCAUGUUGCAAUAUUUGUAAGGUGGCCAAGGGAAGAAGAAAAACUGUUAUCUUUGGUUGAACGAAGUCCAAUUAGACCCAUCUGCAGUCGCAUGUGGCAUUUUAGUUGAUGUUUA